GCAGCCUGUCAAUUCGAAACCAAGCGAGGGAAAACAAACCGGACCACUGCAGCCGACACCUUGAUGUAAUGCCUGUCCUUGUGCUGUCGGAGGGGGCGGGGCCCGGCGCCCAGGUACCAUCACACCUGACCAGGAUUCCCUUCUCGCUCAUCAGCACCAGCACCAACUACACCAACAAAACAGUCAAGGGGAAGGUGGUUCUUAAAGGGCCGCUGGUGUUUUUAGCAGCUGACAACUUCAUCCUGAAGACUGUCAUCCAAGAAGAAGAAUCUCAGCCGAGCGCCUCGUCUCAGAAGUUGUCCAUUAACGUCGUCCUGUUUGGAGCGCUGGCCAAGGACUUCAAUCAAGCUGUCAAUCAAGGGGAUGUGGUGGUGGCCUCUGGCUUCACUGUGGGCAAAUCUCCAACAUUUCAUAAGGAUAAACUGCACCCCUGUAACCUGCUGCUGUCAGAAGAUGACUCCUGCAUUUAUGUGUCCCGCCUGCCGCCUCCUCCUGACCCCAGAUCCCCACCGGCCAUCAAGAGGAGAUCUGCACUCUCCGCCGAGGUUUCCAGGACUACCAAGGUUCCGAAAUAUACGUACGUCCGACUGGGUGACCUGAAGGCUGGAUCUGUAGUCAACGUGUACGGAGUGGUGCUCUUCUUCAAACAGCCGUUUAAGAGCCGCGGCACAGACUUUUGCUCCAGCCUGAAGAUUACAGAUCAGUCCAACCAGAAGAUCUGCUGCACCGUGUUCUGUGAGAAGCUGGAAGACCAUCCAAAAAUCUUUAAAAUCGGAGACAUCGUCCGCAUGCACAGAGUCAAGACUAAGUUCUUCAAUGACUCCAUCACGCUGAUCAACACCUUCGGUUUCUCUGUGGUGACAUUUGACGGAGCGGUGGGUGGGGCCGUGGAGCCGCGGACAUCCAGCCGCUCUUUCCACUUCGACCAGGAGGAUGUUCAGAUUGUGGAGGAGCUGCGAUCCUGGGCCGCCAGCCAGGCUCUCCUCCCCCCGGUUCCCAAAAUCCCUCUGUCUGCUGUUCUGCCCAGUGCUUACUUCGACCUGACCUGCCAGCUGCUGGCCAAAGCUCCCAUCGACACCACCUGCACCCUGCUGAGGGUGUGGGAUGGGACCAGGUGUCCUCACACUCUGCUGAAGGUCAUAGUUGAGCCGAACGUCACAGAGGGACCGUCCUCCUUCUCUACAGUGCGAGAGAACCUCAUCGCCAACAUCCUCGUCUACGACAACCACGUGGAGGUCGCCAGGCAGCUGAAGCCCGGGGCCUUCCUGAGGAUUUACAACCUACGAGCGAUCCCGGGAUCCAGUAAGGUUCCCGGCCUCACCAGCAGCCAGUCGGAGGAGGUGGAUCACCUGGCAUUUCACUUGCAUGGAGGGACGGCAUACGGCAGAGGGAUUCGGGUUCUUCCAGAAAACAGCCCAGAUGUGCAGGAGCUAAAGAGAGUCAUGGAGGCCGUACCAGACAAUGACAUGGACGACGAGCUGAACGACUCAGCGUUGUUGGAGAUCUGGAGCACGCCACCAGAGUACCUGGAUGCUGAAACAGUGGAGUGCAUCACAGAGAGAAGAUGUGGUCACGACUUACAGCCGGUGACGCUGUCUGAGCUAAAGCGGUCCGAUCCGGGUCGAGCUCACCACGUCAGAGUCCAGCUGAGAUCCUACGAGCCCCGCAGACUUUACCAGGCUCUGAAACUCUACUGCAGCAAGUGUAUAUCUAUGCACGACGUCCCAGAUGAUGAACUGGUGGCGGGUCUCUUCUCUGAGGCGUCCGGGGACUCUGGACCUUUACAGUCCUCCACCUGGGCGCUGUCAGGCCGGGUUGAUGUCCCUGGAGAGUCCCCACGAUCCCCUAACCGAACUCUGAGUGUUCACCUAUCCACCCAGCUCAUGUCUGAGGGCAAAACCAAAGAUCUCAUCUUCGUCAUGGGUUCGACCCUGGAGGAAACGUGUCGGCUCGCAACCGGCUACCAGAACAUCGUCCCUGUGAGGUCAUCAGGAGGUCACCUUGCUCUGCUCGACCUGUCUGCACCUUUCCUGUUCAGAGGCAGGAAGAGAUACUACGGGUGUAGGCAGUGUUCUGAGGCUGCAGUGAGGGAACCGUCUGCUGAAGGAGUCAAGCUGAUUGAUGAGAAGAUCAUUGCAGAAGCUCUCGGCGUUCAGCUGCUGCAGUUCGUCCUGCUGAUGAAGCUCGAGCUGCAGGACGCCACCGACACGCUGGACGUCUUCCUGUGGAGAGACGGCGAGUCUUUCUUCGGUGUGUCGGCAGAGGACAUUGCAGCCAAUCAGGAGGCUCAGAACAGCAUCUGUCAAACGAUGGACUCCCUCUGUCCACCGGGGGGCCGCACUGGUGAGCGUCCGUGGCUCGAUUUGUGUCUGACGGCGUACCAAGCAGAGGACAACGGGAGAAAGAACCAAACCUGCUAUCAGAUCUGCGACACCAUCAUCACCAAACACCCCUCCACACGGUCUGACCCCGACCCCGCCUGAACCACCUGGAGGUCAAAUGUCCUGCAGGGAGAAAAAAAGUUGUUGUAUUUUACGUACUUUUUGAUUUUUAUUCAUAUUUAUUGUAUAAAACUAAAUGUACAUACAUUGUUGUUCCAAAAUGUAUGAAUUUCAUAUGUGAAUGUGUUUUUAAAAUUUCAAUUGUUUCUUGUGCAGCUAACAGAUCCACCUUUUAAUGACUCGUUCAAAAUAAAAGAAAUUACUUUUAA